AUGGUCGUAGAAUCCAUGAACUUGGACAGAGUGACAUAUAAUGAUGUGCAUGUCGACUUCACUCAGGAGGAGUGGGCAUUGCUGGAUCCUUCACAGAAGAAUCUCUACAACAGUGUGAUGCUGGAGACCUAUAUGAACCUCAGUGCUAUAGGCUACAAUUGGGAAGAUCAUAAAGUUGAAGAGCAUUGUCAAAGUCCUCAAAGACAUGGAAGGUAA